AUGGCAUCCGAAAAGAAGUUCCAAAUACUCAUUAUUGGUGGUAGUAUCUCCGGCCUUUCUCUAGCUAUCAUGUUAGAGAAGGUAGGAAUCGACUACCUUUUACUUGAAGCCCAUCCCACCAUAGCGCCUCAACUCGGUGCGAGCAUCGGCCUGGAGCCCAAUGGCCUCAAGAUCCUCGAUCAACUGGGAUGUUACGAUUCCCUGCGUGAGAUCGCGGGCGACGUCUAUUACAGAUGUUCCAUCAGAUCCUCAGAUGGACUCACUCUGUCAGAAACCCAAGGCGCAAGUGCUUCUGAGCGGAUCGAAAGCCUGACCGGCUACCCUUCUACUUUCAUCGACAGACAGAUGCUUCUGCAGGUCUUAUACGAACAGAUUUGUAAAAAGGAAUGUGUUUUGACCGGCAAGCGAGUCUCCGAGGUGCAGAUGGAUGACUCAGGCGUCACCGUCAAGACAUGCGACGGAAGCACCUACGCAGGAGACAUUCUCAUUGGGGCUGAUGGGGUCCGGAGCUUCAUCAGACAGGAGAUGUGGCGCCUUGCUUCUCAAGAAAAGCACAAUAUGUUCCCUCCUAACGAAGCCCAGAGUCUCAAUUCGAACACGAAAUGCAUUUUUGGAAUAUCAAAGCAUCCCAAAGGUUGGCGCGGGGUGCAGCAUGCCGCUUUCAACGAUGGGCGAUCCUACCUACUAAUUCCAGCCCCAAAAGACCGUGUAUACUGGUUUUUCAUCAAGAUGAUGGAUCGCACCUACUAUGGGAACGAUAUCCCCAGGUUCUCAAAGGAAGAUGAGGCGGCGCUCGCAUCGCAAUACCUGGACGAUAGCAUCUCGGACACAAUCAAGUUUCGAGACGUAUAUGAAGAACGCCAGAUUACUACACUUGUAGCACUAGAAGAGCACGUUUUCUCUCGCUGGAACUACCGGAGAAUUCUGUUGAUAGGCGAUUCUGCCCAUAAGCUUCACCCAAUUACUGCUCAAGGCGGCAACGGAGCUAUCGAGACAGCCGCAACUUUCAUCAACACUCUAGUUGCAACUUUGAAUUCAACUUCAGGAGCUCUGUCAGCAGAGGAGAUUGAGACUAUGCUUGCACGAGUUCAGGCCAAACGUCAAAACGUUAUCACUGAAGUUAUGCGGCAGGGGCGGUGGAUGAACAGCCUUUUCUGCCAGCAACUACCUUUCUCCAAAUUGAUGAUUAGAACUAUUGUCCCCUGGCAGGGUGAUAGUCUUUUCGUCAGAGCCUGGUACAAGAGCUACUUGAAAGGAACUCACAUAGAAAGCCUCGAGUUGCCUCGUAGGCUUGUAACCGGUUCAUCAUAUGGGCUUUUGGUCCCGCAAAGCCUGCUGCAUAGCUGGAUGAUGUGGACGACUGGGGCUGUCUGUUCUGGGCUUGCUGCCUUUAUCUUUGUACAGUUCCGCAAGGCGUAA